GUGAGAGGAACCCUGAGCAUCCUUACCUGCAGCAUCCUCUCCAGCUCUCAAGCACACAAUGGUCACCUCAUUGAAGCUUUGGCCCAUGAUGAUAGCUGUGGCAGUUUGCAUUAUUUUGUGCCUGGGAACGAUAGUUGAAGGUUACCCGCCAAAACCAGAGAACCCCGGAGACAAUGCAUCCCCAGAAGAGAUGACAAAAUAUUUGACUGCCCUAAGGCAUUACAUCAACCUAGUGACACGACAGAGAUAUGGGAAGAGGGACAGCCCUGCUGACAAUCUGCUGUCUGAGCUUCUCUAUGGGGACAGUGGCAAUCACAAUAGCAGAUCACGGUUCGAAGAUUCAUCUUACAACUGGUGACCUCUUGAUUCAUAACGUCUCCCUUCCUUGUAACCGCUCCACUUCUUCCCUCUUUUUAACGUAUUGAUUAUUUUUACUCCAUUUUGCAUUAUGAUUGAGUCCUGCAUGGCAUCUUUCUGAGCUGCAGGUGUUGUAGCCCAGUGAUGCCUCUACGAGGUGUAGUGAGCAUGCGUGUGCGCGCGUGCAUACCAUCCCACCAGAGCUGCCUCUCAUGUGACUCACUGUGACGUGUAUGAGAGAGAAAUUCGCUGUGUUCAGAAUUAAAGCAAGUUUAACGGAAACAAAACAAA